AUUUAGUAGGAAUAUUUUUAUUAUCAUUUAUUUUGGUCAAGACCAAAGCCACUUGGUCGGCAUCCGGAUCCUUCUGUGUCUAGAUCUUUACUUUGUAACUAAAUGAUGGAGUGUCUGUUUAUUUCCUAGUCAAACUGGAGUGUGUGUUGGUGACGGGAGUCCAAUUUAAGUUAGUGAGUGUCUUCUAGUAUUGCUUAGUUAAUGCUUCUUAACAGGUUUAGCAGAUUCCAUUCUUAAGCCAAAAAUAUAUGCACCGAAGAAAAGAGUAAAUUCUGGGUGGGAAGUUAAAUACGGAGGGGUGUGCUUGUUUGGAUUAUUAGACCAUAAAUAAGUCUUGCAGCUGCAGAUACCUUUCCUCUUAAUGUUGUUUUCCCAUGUUGGGUUUGUAUUCUAGACUGCACAUAGCUACUACAAACUACAAACAGCCUCCGACACUCCUUUUUCUUCGCUUCUCCCUUGCUACAUUUUUCUCUACAAUGGAGAGCCUCAAGCUGACUCCUUUCACUUUUUAAUUUGGGGAUCCUGGUUCUUGGUAAUUGGUUCUGCAAUUGCUCUUGUUCAUUACUUGAUUUUUUUUGUGAGAUCUGAGUGUUGAACAAUUGUCGGGAUUUUGUUUUUUUGUAUUUGUUUUUUGUUUUUGUUCCUGGGUAGUGCACGGUUGUUCAUUUUGGCUACUUGUUGUCUGUUGAAGUAAAGAAUAAGACCCACCGUACAGGAAAUGGCUCCAAGAUUAGAUUUCUCGAAUUGGUGGGCAAAGGAUACCAGGAAAGGAACACCGGUGGUAGUAAAGAUGGAGAACCCGAACUACUCUGUUGUAGAAAUCGACGGCCCAGAUGCUGCAUUCAGGCCUGUGGAAAAGAGCAGAGGGAAGAAUGCCAAGCAAGUGACUUGGGUUUUACUUCUCAAGGCUCAUCGUGCUGUCGGUUGUGUUGCUUGGAUUGCUACACUCUUCUGGGCAUUGCUUGGUACCAUAAAGAGGAGGUUGAUCUUCAGGCAAGAUGUUGCUCUGGCUAGUGAAAAGUUGGGGAAAGGAAAACUGCUCUUCACAGUCAUUAAAGUCUUCCUGGCGACUUCCUUGACAAUUCUCGCUUUUGAGGUUGCUGCUUAUUUCAAGGGUUGGCACUAUUUUCAGGGUCCCGGUUUGCACAUUCCGAGGACUAGUGAUAUCCAGGGCUUGCUCCACUUGGUUUAUGUUACUUGGUUGUCGUUCCGGGCCGAUUACAUUGCACCACUAAUUCAAGCUUUGUCUAAAUUUUGUGUAGCCCUGUUCCUUAUCCAAUCUGCAGAUCGUAUGAUACUUUGCUUAGGCUGCUUUUGGAUUAAAUACAAGAAGAUUAAGCCGAGAAUUGUGGGAGAUCCGUUUAAGUCAGAUGAUGUCGAGGGAUCAGGCUAUGAGUACCCCAUGGUUCUUGUUCAAAUCCCAAUGUGUAACGAGAGGGAGGUUUAUGAGCAGUCUAUCUCUGCUGUAUGCCAACUUGAUUGGCCAAAGGAUCGAUUAUUGAUUCAAGUUCUUGAUGAUUCUGAUGACGAAAGCAUCCAGUGUUUAAUUAAAGCAGAGGUUGCGACAUGGAACCAAAGGGGCGCCAACAUAAUUUAUCGACAUCGCUUGGUAAGAACUGGUUACAAGGCUGGGAAUCUUAAGUCUGCAAUGAGCUGCGAGUACGUACAGGCCUAUGAGUUUGUAGCAAUAUUUGAUGCUGAUUUCCAACCUAACCCAGAUUUUCUAAAGCAAACAGUGCCACAUUUCAAGGACAAUCCUGAGUUAGGUUUAGUGCAAGCUAGAUGGGCUUUUGUGAACAAGGAUGAGAAUUUGUUGACUCGUCUCCAGAACAUUAAUUUAUGUUUCCACUUUGAAGUUGAACAGCAAGUUAAUGGUGUAUUUUUAAAUUUCUUUGGUUUUAAUGGAACUGCUGGUGUAUGGAGAAUUAAAGCUCUUGAGGAAUCUGGAGGCUGGCUUGAAAGGACAACUGUAGAGGAUAUGGACAUAGCUGUUCGUGCUCAUCUCAAUGGUUGGAAAUUCAUCUUCCUUAACGAUGUAAAGGUCCUUUGUGAAGUCCCAGAGUCUUAUGAAGCAUACAGGAAGCAGCAACAUCGCUGGCAUUCAGGACCUAUGCACCUUUUCCGCUUAUGCCUUCCAGCAAUCAUAACUUCCAAGAUACCAAUAUGGAAGAAAGCAAACUUAAUACUGCUAUUCUUUUUAUUGAGGAAACUUAUCCUUCCGUUCUACUCCUUCACAUUGUUUUGCAUAAUUCUUCCGCUAACCAUGUUUGUACCAGAGGCCGAGCUUCCUGUUUGGGUCAUUUGUUAUGUACCUGUGUUUAUGUCGUUCCUCAACAUCCUUCCAGCCCCAAAAUCAUUCCCUUUCAUUGUCCCUUACCUUCUAUUUGAAAACACCAUGUCUGUGACCAAAUUCAACGCAAUGGUAUCUGGAUUAUUCCAGUUGGGUAGCUCCUAUGAGUGGGUUGUCACCAAGAAGGCUGGCAGGUCAUCAGAAUCUGACUUACUGGCUGCUGUUGAGAGGGAAUCAAAGACAACGAACCAGCUGCAAAUCCAGCGAGGAGCUUCAGAAAGUGAGCUCACUGAAUUAAACCGAUUAAAGGAACAGAAAGAAGUGGCUCCUAUACCUGUUAAGAGGGUCAAUAAGAUAUACAGGAAAGAGCUCACUCUGGCAUUCCUGCUACUCACAGCGUCCAUUAGAAGUCUGUUAGCUUCUCAAGGAGUACAUUUCUACUUCCUUCUCUUCCAAGGGGUGACCUUUCUUCUAGUGGGUCUGGAUUUAAUAGGAGAGCAGAUGAGCUAACGCUGCAUGGAAGCUAGAGAGAAAGCUUAAGGUGCUAAAACUCAGCCAAAAUUCUUCCUAUCCACAGACAAAAGCUGGUUUUUGGCUGUGCAGUUGAACUCUUCUUUUCCUUCAGGCAAAUGGUUAAGGGUACCAUCCAGUUCAAUAACCAAAGUUUUAUUUUCUAUAUCAGCUUUGAUAUGCCCCAAUAGAAGUUUUUUAUUUGUCAAUAACUCUAUUCUCUGUAGUCGCAGUUUUUAUUUACAUUUUAUAUCUUGAUUUUUUUUCACAUUGGGUAGUGGUCAUCGUAUUCUUCCUUGGGCCGUUGAACCAUUGUUGUUGCUAUAGGUAGGAUUUGUAUUUCCCAUUUCAUACAUCAUUCUUGAUUCUUGCUGGAGUGUGGUUUUGGCACUAAAGAUUCAAACCAUGUUUGUAUUUGUAAAGUUUGAAAAGCUUGAGUAAGGCAUAAGAAUGAGCUUGCUUCAUGCCUUUCUGGUUCUCAGAUUCCAUGUUCACGCUGAGAUAUGUAAAACAUCAUUCUUGUACAUUGUGUUCUAUCUAAUGUAACAAAUAAUUUCCAUCUUCUUCUGA